UACGUGAAUAAUGAGAAAAAAAAAAUUACAACAAUGUUAACUAUUCAAAAUUACCCUAUAAAAAUUUAAAUAAAUAAAUAAAAAAACCCAAGCUUUUUGUAAGACACAAAAUAAAAGAAAAGCUGUGUAAUUUCCUGUACUUUUUCUUCUCUUUCCCUUAAUACCUUAGGGCACGACAUUGCCGGUCUUCCAAUUCCAAUCCGCCAUUGCAGCCUCCCUCCUCGCCGUCGACGCUGUUGCAGUUGAGACUUGAGAGAGUGGAGAAAAGGAGUUAAGUUUUUUUAAGAAAUCAAUCUUAUAAUGUUGGCCAAAGGGAGGAAGAUUUCCGGGGGCCGAGGAGGGGAGGCUAUAGGUGGUGGGAACUAUGCAUUUGGCCCUGCUGAUGAUGAGGUUAUAAUCAAGCACAGGCUUCUCACUCGCACCACCACCACCCGAGGCGAACCUCCUUUGAAGAAGCUUCAGAAGAAGUUUACUUCUUUCUUCCUUGAAACUGAUAAGGAUGACGACUCCAACUAUGCCGACUGUGAGAGACUCUCCAAGGCCUUCUUGCAGGAGCUUUCUACUUUUGAGAUUCCUCUGCUUAAGAGCAAAGCUGUGGUGGAGGCCAACCUCCGUGAGAAGGAUAAUUUUAAUGAGUUGAAGGAGGAGAUUAAUUCCCAGAUUCUGCAAGCUCAUUCUGACAUUUCCCAACUCAAGAUUCAAUUGGAGGAAAGUAAGAUUGAGAGGCAGCACAAGGAGGAGUGCGAGGCUAUCAGGAAGUUGAUUGCCGCACAGCCACCACGCUCCCAAACCCAGAAGCUCAUUGCCGAUUUGGACAAAGAGAUUGCUGCUCUUGAUGCUGAGAACACGGCCACUUCAAGGCUGCUUGAACUCCGGAAGAAGCAAUUUUCUCUUGUGCUUCAUUUGGUGGAUGAGUUGCAAACAACAAUAGAGGAAGAGCAGAAGACUAUGAUGGAGGAGAUGAGGUUGGCAACGGAGGAGCACAAGAAUGGAUUGGAGGAUGCAAUUGGGGGUUCAGAGACUAUGGCAAUUGAUUAGUUAGUUUCUCUUUCUAUUUCUAUAUCUAAGAAAAUAUUAGGUUAUGCUAUCUCCUCUUUGUAUCCUUUGUGCAGUGUAUUGUCUUCCCAAUCUCAUGUUCAGGAACACAUAAAUCAGUACCAUAAAAUUUAGCUGUUGCUUUUUUCCAAAUCCAUGUUUUGAGAAAUUAUUUCUGUAUUCCUUUCGCUUUAUAAAUAUUUAAGUGGAGAAGCUAAAAUGGUCAAACAUGUGGUUUAUUCCCACAAA